AUGGGAGACUCUCUUCCAUCACCACCGGCGGCUGUCCGCGCUAUGCGCGAUUCAUUUGGAGACAGAAAGCUUCCAGAUAUAUCUCGGAAGAUCACUGCAUGUGUAGCCUGCCGGAAACAGAAGGUCAAAUGUAACAUGAGAGACGGCCAAGCUCCGUGCUCCAGAUGCAAAAAGAGGGGUCUGUCUUGCACCGUCAACCGUAGUCUGCAGAUGCUACUGGAGGAUGAUGCAGCAUGGAAGGAAACCAUGACCCAGAAGGUCCAACGCUUGGAAGAAUCCAUGGAACAGGUCGCCGCGAGACUUGAACUUCCGGCACUUCAGUCUCAGCGACGAGCUCAUCCAGUCCCUAUGACUUCUCCCUCGGUACCGCUCGGGACAAUUGAUGAUACGCGCACCGCGAGUUCGUCUUCUUCACAGCAGCCACCGCAGAGAUGGCAGAUUGUGCUGGAUCCCCAGGGUGGCCCUGCAUCGAUUCCUGCGUCAUGUGUAUCAGAAAUACGAACUACAGCGACGUCGGGCAACAUGCCAGCAUCGCAGUAUUCCGAUUUGAUUACAAUGGGAGUAUUAUCUUUACAACAAGCUCUUUCACUCUUCGACAUCUAUCACCUGCGUCUUGAUCACUUCCUGUACAAAGUCCUAGGUGACCUUACUAGCCUUGAUUCCAUUCGCAAACGUUCAUCGCUUCUGACUGCUGCCGUUUGCACUGUUGGAGCACUCCACUCGCAAUCUUUGGGGCAUCUAUAUGAUAUCUGCUAUCGUGAAUACAAAAAUUUAGUAACUACAAACACGUUCUCAACUACGUUGAACGUAGAUGAUAUCCGAGGCCUAUGUAUAGGUGCAUUUUGGCUUCAUGAGCUGUCUUGGGCAUUGAUUGGAACUGCUGUGCGAGUCUCUUCUGAUAUCAAACUUCAUCACGGCAUAUAUCGUGCUCUAAAUGGCGAUCGUGAAGGAUAUCUCCAAGCCCGUCUAUAUUACUUAGUCUAUGUCUGUGACCACCACUUCUCAAUAGCCUACGGCAGACCUCCAAUGUCUCGAGAAAAGUUUAUAGUCGACUCCGCUAGUCCUUUUCUGGAGACCGAACAUGCAACUGAGGACGAUGCACGAUUAGUGAGUCAAGUCAAAGAAUGGUCUAUUCUCGGUCAGGUAUUCGAUACAUGCGGUGUCGAUGUUGAAACCCCAGUACCACUUGGAUAUCUUCUACAACUUCGCCGGUAUUCCAUUGAAUUGGACAUUUGGUAUGCGGACUGGAACGAAACUUUCAUGCCCAACCGGAACGUGGGAAACUAUCCACAGAAAGGUGUGGGUAUGCAUUGGAAUUUCGCAAAGCUAUAUCUAUGUUCUCACGCCUUUCGUGGAGUCCCUGCGGCACAGGAAAGAGGCCAUUUGGCGCCUGAACUAGAAGAAAUCGCAAAUACCGGCGUUCUAUCCGCCAUGUCAAUUCUCAACGUCAUUAUUUCCGAUGAUGAAAUGAGAUCUUAUUUACACGGGCUACCCUUGUAUUUUGACACGAUGAUUGCAUUCGCCGUUGUCUUCCUCUUGAAGGUAGCCACCAAGUACGGAAAUACCAUACGCAUCGACACCGACAAGAUAAUACUGUUGGUAAAUCAGACCGUCGCUGCGUUGAAUGAGAUCACCCAAUAUAUGCAUCCACAGCAUCUUUUGGUAGCCAUCGCCGAGGGUUUACAAAAGUUGCUGUGGAAAUGUCAAGAACAAGCUCACAUUACGCAACAGCCGGUGCAACAGCAUGCUACUACUUUUGAGCAUUCAUCCACGGAUAUUGCCUGGAUGGAAAACAUUGCAAACUUUGAUUUCCUGACCAAUGUUCCUAAUGUCAACGAUUGGGCGUUUCAUUACCCUAUUCCGAAUGGUGCACAUACCGACCAAUUUCACCCGAUGAUCCCCCACUAG